GGUCCUGCAGCACCUCACCCACCAGCCCUCACUUUGGUUCAACUUUUGUUUUUUAAUACAGACAAACUAAUACUCACAACAGACUCCUUAAAUGACCAUAGAUGUUUGGCGUUAGCUGAUAGAUAAUUCACUGGAGGACUGAAGAGGGUCUUUUCUUCUCUUGUGCUGCCGUGAAGGGGCUCGAUAAACGCGGUAAACCGAUGAAGACAACAAGCUUGUAGAUUAUUUAGAAAAGUGAAGUAACAAAAAGAUUGGCUGCUGAAGAUGGGUUGGAAACUGGAUCUAAAAGGUCUUACGGACAUCGAGGCGGCACAUGUGCUGAAAGUGGUGCAGAGAGAUAUGAGGCUGCGCAAGAAGGAGGAGGAUCGACUCAGCGAACUGAAGCAGAAGCUGGAUGAGGAGGGCAGUCGCUGCCUCUUGUUGUCGCGGCAAACUUGCUUUAAUCAGCGCUGCUGCAUCCGCUGUUGCUCGCCCUUCACCUUCCUUCUCAACCCCAAGCGCCAGUGCUGUGAUUGCAACUACAACGUCUGCAAAGCCUGCCUGAUCUAUAGCAAGCGGGACAAAGCCUGGCUCUGCUGCGCCUGCCAAAAGAGCAGGUUGCUGAAGACGCAGUCACUCGAGUGGUUCUACACAAAUGUGAAGAUACGCUUUAAAAGGUUUGGCAGUGCGAAAGUGCUGAAGACCCUCUACAGGAAACACCUGGCAGAGCACAGUGCUCUUUCAGAGCUUUCUGAAGGCAGCGCGUGUGAUGAGAGCAUCUGCAAUGAGGGCAGUAUCUGUGGGAGUGACUCAACUUUCUACAGGCAAACUGAAGAGCACAGUGUGGCAGAGACGCUCAGUGUGGCCCUGCGGGUUGCAGAGGAGGCCAUAGACGAAGCCAUUUCUAAAGCUGAGUUUGACACCUCGACUCAGGAAAGUCAAAAUGAAGCAGUUUAUCUGCUGGAGCACAGAGGAGAGCUCAUUGAGGAACUGGCCCGAACCAUUGUGCAAAAAAUCAUUAGCAGAAGAAAUGCUUUGGCUGAGAUGAGGGCCGAGUAUGACCACGGCUGGGUUUCUGAACGCAAAACAGUCCCUCAUCAUCAUCACUCUGCUUGCGAUGAGCCAUCUGGAUCCCUGAAACAACAAAGAUCAAAUUCAGCCUUCACGCUGCUGGAUAACAGUCCAUCAGCUCUGAAACCAGACUUCCCUACAGCCUUAAAGAAAGAGGGCGGUGCGUCAGCCAUGACAGCAUGGAAGAGUGUAGAUCGACUUGACAACUCUGUGUUGCAGAGCCCGGAUGGGAACUGGAUCGCCAUGCAGGGCGGCCUGCUGUCUAGGCCCAGCCUCCUCACUAAGAGGAAGAGUCUGGUCUACAGUGCCUUGGAAAGAGAGUCUGGAGUGGUUUCUGCCUAUGAAGGCCUGGGCUCUGACAGUGAAAACAAAGCGGAUCCAGACAGCUCCUGGGGUGCUGUCCUGCAGGAGAUUCACAGGAAGAUGAUGGACUGCAACUUAGCCCAGCACGACUUUAGUGACCUGGCACUAACAGGCCACCAGCUCAACAGAGAUGAUCCGUUUUCAGACUCUGAGGGGAACUGGAAGCCUAGCAAACCUCUGAUAGCUCUCCUAAAGCGGAAGGUGCCUGCAGAGUUCAGGAAACCUACUUCAUCCCGUAGGACUAGCAUCAUUGAUGUAGACUUUAACCUAAAAGAAGCAGAGAGGGAGAAGGAUGAGCUCAAGGUGUCUGAUGAACAAGAGGAGGGAAAAACCAGGAAAUUCCGGAAAAAGAGGAGGAGCAAAAAAGAGCCAGCAGCGUCUUCUUCAGUGUCGGAUUUAAACACCAAAGACCACUUUUAUUCACAUCCGUCUGAUGCUGUAGUUUCUAGCACCUCCGCAGCCACAACCCCUGAACCUUUUAACCUCAACAAUGAGUUCACUGGAAAAGCAGUCAAUCAAAUCACAAAUGACUUCACUUCAAAACUGCACCUAUGCCCAGCCAGUGUUUAUGAAUGUUGUACCAGAGAAGAAGAACCAGAUGAAGGGAGAGAUGAAAGUAAUGAUGGAGAGCAGGGAGGCAGGAGACGAAAAAGUGAGUGUGAGAUGGAUGUUGACUUGAAUGGAGGAAGAACAGGUGAAGAAGAGAAGGAAAAAGAUAAUGAGGAGUUGAAACACAGAUUAUAUAGGCUUGUUUCCCAGGCCAGCCUUACAUACUUGUCCUCUACUGAAGAUGAGCCAGAUGGAGCGGGACAAAGUGAAGGGAAAUGGGACAGAGACACAGAUGUGGAAAAGGAUGAUAAAGAUCAGGUGCUGACAGACCUGACCUAUAGGCUCUGUCAGCUGGAAAAAGAAGUCAGAGCAACGCAGUUCUCAUCCACUGAAGAUGAGCUGGACAGAAUGGGCAUUGAAAAGGAAAACCUGGAAGAUGAGUUUGGAAGAGGGGAAGACCUUGCUGUUAAAUUAUGCAGAUUAGCUAACGAAGUCAACGCCAGCCAGUAUUCUUCCACCGAGGACGAGCUGGAUAAGGUGGGAAGAGGAGAGGACAGUGAGAAUGUGACGGAUGAAAAAGUGCUGUGGAUUCUGCAGCCAGAAAAUACUCAGCUGCGUGAUUUGGCCAGUUUAGUCAGCGCCUCCCAGUUUUCCUCCACCGAGGAUGAGCUGGACAGACUGGGAGAUUAUGAGGGAAAACAGGAGCAAGAGGAAAAUGGUUACAACAGGGAGAUAAGAGAAAUGUGGGAGGGAGAGGAAUCAAUUGGAGACAUAGAUAUGAAGAUGUUUGAUUUGACAGGUGAAACUAAAGAGAGGAGUGAGGAAGGAAUGUAUCAGCCAAAGGUUGAAGAUGACACCACCGGCAUACAGAAAAACACGCGAGUAAUAAGAGAUGGAACAAUAGAAAUGGGGCAGUUAUAUGACAAAUACCGACAAAUCUUUACAGAGCCAGUUGAAAGACAAUACAUAAACUUAAAAACAGAAAUGAAGGCAGAGAGAACAGAGGCAUUACAAGAAGGAAAAGCUAAAGAAGAGAAAGAACCACAGGCAAAGAGGAUAGAUGAAAAAACUGAAGAGGAGUUUCUAGAAGAAAGCGAAGAGAGUAAGAGAAAGUUAGACACAGACUCAAAAAGCGAUGAAGACGAUGCAGAAUUUGACAAAAUAAUCAGCAGCAUGUUGAUGAUGACUCUGGAGGACAUGCAGGCAGAAAUGACGGACAAAGCUAGACAGACCGAAAAGGGAAAGCCAGGGAAUGACAACGGAGAGGGAGGUAGUUGUUUCAGAGAGAGGAAAGAUGCUACAGAAGAGACAAACGAUAGGUCAGUGAUACAAAUAUUUAUUAGUGAGAAAACUGAUGGGGAGAUUUCUAAUAAACAGCAGAAAGGUAACAGUACAGGUAGAGACGAAAACACUCAUGAAGAAAACCGUAAGGAUAUGACAACCAUUAAAGAACUCCUAAUAAAUGAAACCAAGCUAACAAGUCCAAAAAGCAAAGAGGAUAGUGAGAACCAGGAUGGACGAAGAAACACAACGAAGUCAGAGGAAGCAGAGAUGAACACUGAUGCCACAGACUGUGAUCAGAGAGGCAGAGAUGGAAAAGUCAAGGAAGAACAGGAAGCUGAAAACGUGGAACAGAGCAGCUCCUGUGCUCAUCCAAGGGAGUUCCUGUCACCAGAGGAGAUUCAGAGUAGAUACUCUGCAGCAUCUUUACGCAGCAUCACCACUGAGGUGCUGAAGGUGCUGAAUGCAACUGAGGAGCUGUUCCAGGGUGUGGACGGACAAGACAAAACCCAAGUCUCUACAAUCUCGCUGCCCCCAAACACAGACCCCCAGAAACUUGACCAACAGUUCUGGAAACUGGAGGAAAAUGUUUAUGUGGCAGCUGGUUCUGUGUACAGUCUGGAGGCAGAGCUGAGUGACCUGGAGGAGUGUGCCAGAGGAAUUUGCAGCUCCACAUCCGACGUGGAGUUGUCCUUCCUGGAGGAGCAGGUGGCAGCAGCAGCUGCCAAGGCUCAGCAGUCCGAGCUGCAGAUUUGCGACAUUUCUGCAAGAAUCGCUGCUUUGAAGAAUGCCGGCCUGAAUGUGGACACUCAGAGUCGCUUCACUAAGACCAAGGCGACUACAGACAAGUCUGUUACUCUAGACUCUUCAAGACAUCUGAGAAGAAGACUACCUGCACCACCAGCAAAAGAAGACAAGGAAGCCUAAAUCACCCAUUCUCUGCAGGACCUAUUUGACAGCAGUGCCUUCACUCAUCACCCUGUAAUCCACACACCAAUCUUAAAUGAUACUUUCAAACACCAGCUGCCUUAAACUUUACAUGCCUCAAGCAAUAUGGGCACAUAUUUGGGUAACAAAUAUUCUGCAUUUAUAUCAAACAUUGUAACCUUGUACGGUAAAUUGUCUGAGAAUUUGAGAUUCAUGCAAAUGUGAAGCAGUGUGAUUCAGUUUGGAGCAAUGUGGUUACAAGUACCAAGCAGAUACCUGUGUAUAAAACUGCAUGUCCCACAGUUAAAAGUGCAGAUUUUGACACAAUGUGUAGGUAUCAAACUGAGUAAUUAGUGAUCAAUUGGCCAGGACAGAUUGCUUUGUCAACUAUUAAUUAGAUGGCAGGGAAAGUACUAGAAUGACCGAGGUUUUCUUCAUUUAUUCAUAGCCUAUAGUAACACUGUGCACAAAUUCUGCUUUCUUGAAAUAUUUCUGUCACAAAAAAUCUCAAGACAUUUGAAGUGUAAAAACUAAAUGAGCAUCACCCAUCUCUCUUUUUAAGGAAACGCUGUUUUUUGAAAGAGAGCUGGCAAGCUUUUUUGUCUUCAUAGUUUGGGCACAUAUGUAUGCCCAUAUUGAUGACUCUGCAUACUGUCUUAUAUGCAGAAAUGCAAAAAUGUAUUGAUUUUUAUGAUUUUCACACCGUAGAUAAAACAAUUGCAUUUUCAAAUCACUGAUCAAAUGUUUUGUCAAAUCUAUUGAUGCUGACAUUUCUGAUUAAAGGCAGAGCAGAAAGACAAUCAACUCUCCAAAAACAAGAAAAUAAAUGCACAGAUACAUAAUCAAAGCACCAUAAAGAUUUUAAUUUAAAGAUGUUGCUUGCAGAUUUUCCUUAAUAACACGUAACAAACUGUAUAAUGUGAAAUCAACAAUGGCUAAAUGAAGAAGCAGCUACUAAAUAAAACAAGUAAUACUCAAGGGAUGCACAGUGUAUUAAAAAAAUACAAAUUCCACAAACAUAAGAGCAAAUGUAGCAUGUUAUAAAAACUGUAAAACUCUUACAUCUGAGAGCUUGAAAUUAAAAUAAUUAUAUGUGA